AUGAAUCCGGAUGUGGUUGCAGAGGCUUUGGCAACUGCAGCUUUGGGUGCUGAGGCAGACAAGAGUGAACCUCUUGAGGUGAUUCUUUCUCGCCUUGAUGAGUCUAAGCGCCAAACGCUUCUGCCUGGGCAGUUCCCUGCGGAGGCAUGCGAAUUGUCGGCCUGCGCCGUGAGUCGCAUGCCACGGAGGCAAGCAGGGAGCGGUCUCGGACUCGGCCUGGCAAGACACCCAAAGCCCUUCUCUCCGGCCCGCACCACGGGUGGCGCCUUCCGGAGCUCAGGUCAUCUUCCCCAACGUGACCUUACCUCCUGGGAGCAGCAGAAAGCCAUCAUGCCUGCGAGAAGUUGGAGCCAGUCCGCCAUGACUUGCGUUGUGCGCGAUGGCGUCGAGACCUUACUAAGUCAGCAUGUGGUUCUGGCUUUCGUGUGGCUGAUAGUCUUGGCCGUGAUGCUCGCAGUGGGCAUGGGUCCGACACAGGUGGCCGUGGAGCUGAACCUCGUUUCAGACCUGCAUGGGGUCAGUGUUUGUAACUGGAGCGACUGGAGCGACACUGGUGGUGGGGUUUUUUUCCGAGAUGGCACAACGCUGCUCGGAGACAGCAGAGAAGAGCUGCCCAUCUCCCAUGUGACGGUGGAUAGAUGUGACUUUCAAGGUUUCCGUUGGCGAGACUGCUCUCUCUUUGUGGAGCCCAUUCUGCGGUGCUCCGGUCCAGAGCAACGCUGCAAACAGGUGUGCGCGUGGGCAGUGAGUACCACGGGGAUACGGGCUGCCUUUAACGGCUGCGGACGUCAAAACGGACGGCGUGCCAUUUGCGGCAUUGCUGUCAGCAUGACGAGACUCACCGCCGGCCGAUGUGCGGGGCCUGUGGCGCAGGUCGAUGUUCAAAACUGCGAGGAGGUCACACAGCGGCUGGCCGCACAGCUGGAUGACAUUGCCGUCAACAUGUCGCUUUCCACGAGUUGGGGCGGAUGGGAUGGUGCGGCCAGGCCAGCUCCGCUCCUUCUGAUGGAGGACCCCAGAGUGAUCCGAACUGUCCUGGACUUUUACAUCUGGACCUUUGCGGUGCUGGGUUUCAUUUACCUUCCCUUCCCUCUUCUGGUCGUUCUCUGUCAUCAGUCACUGACCUCCUGCGCUGGCCCUGCAUGGGAUCUAUUGUGA